AUGUCCACUGCUUUGUUAAACUUACUUUUUGCUCAAGUGAUAUAUAAACAACUUGUAGAUGCAGAGGCUGAAGCUCAACAACAAGCAAAGGAACCACAUAGCAGUGAACACAGAAAAUCAUCACCAUUACCAGCAUCACCUGAAUUUUUCUUAAAGCUUUCCCAAGAUCUGAAGGACCACCCUUUAAAUUCUGAAUUUAAUUUAAGCCCUGGUGCUUGUAAAUCUUUGUAUAAUGCCUUAUUCCCUCAAAACCCAACUCGUCCAACAGGAGCUAUAAUUCAGGCACUACUAGCUAAGCUUUAUGAAUCUUAUAAAAAAGAUAUAGUUACACAGAUUAAACAUGAUGAGCAUCAGUUCAGUACAAAAAUUAAAGAGAUAGAUCAAAUAGAAAGGGGUACUCUUGAUCCUGAAAUUCUCAAAGAACAGGAAAGAGAAAAGGCGUUAGCACUUCAGAGACAACAGCUCAAUCUUCAAAGGCAGUUAGAAUUGCAACAAAAACAACAACAAAGACAGCAACAGCAACAGCAACAGCAACAGCAACAGCAACAGCAACAGCAACAGCAACAGCAACAGCAACAGCAACAGCAACAGCAACAGCAACAGCAACAGCAACAGCAACAGCAACAGCAACAGCAACAGCAACAGCAACAGCAACAGCAACAGCAACAGCAACAGCAACAGCAACAGCAACAGCAACAGCAACAGCAACAGCAACAGCAACAGCAACAGCAACAGCAACAGCAACAGCAACAGCAACAGCAACAGCAACAGCAACAGCAACAGCAACAGCAACAGCAACAGCAACAGCAACAGCAACAGAAACAGAAACUGCAACUGCAACUGCAACUGCAACUGCAGAAUCAACAGAAGCAGCUACAUAAUCCGCAACUGCAUCAACAACUGCAGGUACGACAAAUAAAACCACAACAAUCGCAACCGCAACCGCAACAACCUCAGACACCACAACAGCCGCAACAACCGCAACAACUCCAACAAUCGCAACAACUCCAACAAUUGCAACAACCACAACAACCUCAGCAGCAACAGCCGCAACAACUCCAACAACCGCAACAACUCCAACAACCGCAACAACUCCAACAACCGCAACAACUCCAACAACCGCAACAACUCCAACAAUCGCAACAAUCGCAACAAUCGCAACAAUCGCAACAAUCGCAACAAUCGCAACAAUCGCAACAAUCGCAACAACUCCAACAACUCCAACAACCUCAGCAGCAACAGCAGCAACAGCCACAACAACCACUACAACCACUACAACCACAACAACUCCAACAACUCCAACAACCGCAAAAAUCGCUAAAAUCGCUAAAAUCUCAACAACCGCAACAACCUCAGACACCACAACAGCCGCAACAACCGCAACAACCGCAACAACCGCAACAACCGCAACAACCGCAACAACCGCAACAACCGCAACAACUCCAACAACUCCAACAACUCCAACAACUCCAACAACUCCAACAACUCCAACAACUCCAACAACUCCAACAACUCCAACAACUCCAACAACUCCAACAACUCCAACAACUCCAACAACUCCAACAACUCCAACAACCUCAGACACCACAACAACCUCAGACACCACAACAACCUCAGACACCACAACAACCUCAGACACCACAACAACCUCAGACACCACAACAACCUCAGACACCACAACAACCUCAGACACCACAACAACCUCAGACACCACAACAACCUCAGACACCACAACAACCUCAGACACCACAACAACCUCAGACACCACAACAACCUCAGACACCGCAACUUCAGCCACCACAACUGCCGCAACAACCGCAACAUUCCAUUCAGAAGCAAAAGAUUAACUUGCAACAGAACACCAAUGUUCAAAAAAUAGUUCAACCUCAACAACAUCUAACCCAACGUUCCCAGUCACAAAGUAAAAAUCUACAAGCUUCGGUAUCUAGUACUGCAUUAGGCUCAACAGAUCUAUCCAAAAUACCAAAGACAAUUUUUUCACAAGAUAAUGAAAUUUCUUCAUUAACUCCUGAUUCCAAUAAAUUAAUUGGAUCAGCUAAACCCACAAUUGCUUCAGUUCCGGUCGUAUCAGAUGUUGAAACAUCUUCUAGUGUUCAACCAAGUAAUAUUUCUUCCUCAUUGAUUCAACUUACUGAAAAAUCAUCAACUUUUGUUUCAAAGAAAAAUGAUUUUGUCGAAUCCACAAAAUCUACACUUAACAAGCAAAUAAACGCUGAAGCUUUUAGGAAAUUGUCUGAAAAAUCUGAUUUGUCUGAUAUUGGAAAUGACGAAAACAAAGAUAGCUUAAAGAUAAAAAACGAAACUCUCACGAUGGUUGCAAUAGAGACAAAAAGCCAUGAUAUUAACAAAGUUAAAGAUAACGAUUUAGAUGUAACACACGCUCAGAUCUUACCACAAUCCUCUUUAACAAUCCCUGAUGUCAAAAAAAUAGUUACCAAUUCUACAGCAUUGUUAAAACCUGUUAAAACGUCAUCAACAGAUUCUUUUAUUUCUGGUAACGAAACUCGGCCUUUAGAUAAUAUUAAAAUAGAAGAGGCAUCAAAAGAAAAUUCUAAAGAAGAAAACAUUGAUUCGUAUAAAAAACGUUUGCCGGGAGUGACUAAAGAUUCUGAAAUUUUAGAAAAUGAUUCAAAAAAUAACAUCAAGAAUAAAAUAUCUAUUAAAAGUCAUUUGAAGUCUGAUAAUUCAAAUAAUCUGGAAUGCAGCAUACCUGAAAGCCCAGAACCUCCUGCAGUAUCACCUAUACAUCCAAGUACCCCUAAAGAACCGUUGAAGCUAAAUGAAAAUAGCGCAAUAUUUCCAGGAAAAGACCAAUUGUUACCAAAGAAAGAUGAAGGGUUUCUUAAAGAUAAAGCGAUCUACAAAAUAAAAAAUGGUCAGUCUGAAAAUGGAGAUUCAACUAGGUCUAAGCUAUGUCAUGCUUCUGAUAUUCUUGACACAAAUGAUGUUCAGAAAACAUGUAAUGAAAAGAAAGGCAAGCCUCUGAGAGAUAUUAUAGGAGAACCCCACGAAGAUAAUUCAGAAAAAAGAGACAAACAGGAGACAAAACCUCAAAAUGAUCUGAAAAAUGACGUUGCAUUGGAACUGAACUUGCUAGAAAGCAAAGAUAGUAUUGAGUCAAAUGUUGCUAACAAUAGUAGUGAAGGACAAAUUUUUAGUAAAUCAUCACCAAUCAACAAUUCUGAAAUCAUUUUGGGUGAAAUCUCUUCUGACCUAAGUAUUAAUGUAAAAACGGACGAGAAGCAGGAAUCACAAAGGAUUAAUAAAUUGAAGCAGGAAGAAACAAAUAAAUAUUUCCAAGCAAAAGAGCUUGAUAAACAGAAAAGCCCUGUUUUACAAAAUAGUGACGGUGAAGGUGAUGGGGAUGAUGAAGGUGAUGAUGACGAUGACGAUGACGAUGAUGAUGACGAUGACGAUGACGAUGAUGAUGACGAUGACGACGAUGAAGGUGAAGGUGAAGGUGAAGGUGGUGAUGAUAAUCGGGAAACUAUCAGUAGCGAUUCUACUCUUGCACCUUCAUCUCGAACAAGAUCUUCAUCCCAUCGUCAAGAUGGGAUAAGCAAACAUCCAAUACUUAAUAAGAAAAGAAAAAGAACUCGGUCUCCAUCAGAUCGCAAUUUUUCUACAGGAAACACCCCAAAUAAGCGGUUUUUAACUUUAGCAAACCCUUUGAUUUCAAACAUUUCAUCAAAUAAAUCAGCGUCAUUUUUUAUAAAUCCUGUUAAUCCUAAUGAUGCGCCAAACUAUUAUGAAAUGAUUUACGAACCAGUUAAUCUGCGUACAAUUAAAGCUAUGGUUAAAGACGGUAGGAUUCAAAACACUGCGGAAUUAGAGCGCGAAUUACAAAAAAUGUUUGCCAAUGCGGUUAUGUAUAAUGGCUGGGAUAGUGACAUUUCAUUAUGGACAAGAGAAAUGCAGCAUGAUACAGACACCCUUCUUGCAUUAUUUAGAGGUGCGGAAAGAACUGAUGCUGCAACGGUAAAUCAGUCUACCACAUCUGAUAGUAACCGAGCCAGUAGUGAAUCACCCAUUGCAAUAAUUGAUGAGGAUGAGGCAAUAAUUGAAGAGUCCAAUAAACGUAAAAAUAAGUGA